AAUUCAUGCGGAUCUCUUUCGUGCUGACAGCAGAACAUCACGAACGCUCAAACGUUUGACGCACGUGAUUACAAUAAAGAUGUCUUGCAACGCGCAAGCAGGAUCUUGCACUGCCAUUAUGUCUAUAGAGAGUAACAAGAGCAAGAGGAUACACAGCAAAGGAGAGAUGAGAGGUCAGCAAAUGUCAGGCCUUACUCACGAAUGUGGAGUCUUUGGGUGUAUUGCUGCUGGUGAUUGGCCAUCUCAAAUCGAUGUUGCUCAAGUAAUUUGUUUAGGUUUAGUUGCCCUACAACACAGAGGCCAAGAAAGUGCUGGAAUUGUCACUAGUGAGGGUGUUUGUUCAAAGUCCUUUCGUGUUCACAAGGGUAUGGGAAUGAUUAACAACAUUUUUAAUGACGAAAAUAUGAAGAAACUCAGCGGAAAUCUUGGAAUUGGUCAUACUAGAUACAGCACAAGCGCGGCGAGCGAAGAAGUCAAUUGUCAACCAUUUGUAGUUCAUACCGCACACGGAGCAUUGGCGGUAGCUCAUAACGGGGAACUAGUUAAUACGGAAUCGUUGAGGAAGAUGGUAUUAGGUCGUGGAGUUGGCUUAUCGACUUAUUCGGAUUCUGAAUUAAUUACGCAAGCUCUUUGCUUGAAUCCUCCCGAAGGUGAAGUGAAUGGUCCAGAUUGGCCAGCACGCAUAAAGCAUCUCAUGCAAUUAGCGCCAUUAUCAUAUUCUUUAGUAAUCAUGCAAAGAGACAAGAUAUAUGGUGUGAGGGAUCCCUAUGGAAAUCGUCCAUUAUGUCUUGGGAAAAUUGUACCAAUUGGUAAUCUGGCAGGAAAUGAGUCAGACGACGACGAUGAAGCCGAAGGUUGGGUCAUUUCUUCAGAAUCAUGUGGAUUCUUAAGUAUCGGAGCACGAUAUGUGCGUGAGGUAUUUCCUGGGGAAAUUGUAGAGCUGACACGCGAAGGUAUUAAAACUAUAGACAUUGUCGAUAGACCGGACAAAAAGCCACAGGCCUUUUGUAUAUUUGAGUAUGUUUAUUUUGCACGCAGCGACAGUAUUUUCGAAGGACAAAUGGUAUACUCUGUCCGCAUGCAAUGUGGACGAGAACUUGCUCUAGAAUCUCCGGUAGAAGCAGACAUAGUUAGUUCAGUACCUGAAUCAGGAACUGCAGCCGCGCAUGGAUAUGCCAGACAGUCUCAAAUACCUUUUGCGGAAGUAUUGUGCAAAAACAGAUACGUUGGCAGAACAUUUAUUCAGCCUAGUACACGACUCAGGCAACUUGGUGUAGCAAAAAAGUUUGGAGCUUUGUCAGAAAAUGUAAAAGGAAGGAAGCUAAUUCUUAUUGACGAUUCGAUCGUUAGAGGAAAUACUAUUGGACCUAUUAUCAAAUUGCUGCGUGAUGCAGGAGCAAAGGAAGUUCACAUUAGAAUAGCAUCGCCCCCGUUAAAAUAUCCAUGCUAUAUGGGAAUCAACAUACCAACAAGGGAAGAAUUAAUCGCGAAUAGAUUAGAUAACAUAAAACUAGCAAAACAUGUUGGCGCUGACAGUUUAACGUACCUUUCAGUAGAUGGGCUUGUCAAAGCUGUAAGAUUUGGUAUGGAUAAUCGAGAAAGCAAUUACAUUGGUCACUGUACUGCUUGCUUAACUGGAGACUAUCCUGACGAGCUUCCCGGUGAUUUAAAUUGGUGAAAAAAUGAAACCGUACUUAUACAUCUACAGACAACGAAUCAUACAUUAUUAUACUGCGUAUUACGUACGUUGUUUAUUUUUACAUUAAUGUCAAAAUUACUUCACAAAAUCUACUUUAAUGUAACUUAACGCAUAGUCACUAUACAAGAUCAACCAUGACUGUACAAUUUCAAAAAUAAUUCAGUAUUUAAAAGAACAAUGUAGAUAAGACAUACAUAAUAAUAAAGAAAGCCUGAAAAUAUUGCGACAUGUAGGAGUCAUGUUACUAUCAAAAUUUUAUUAAAAUUUUCAAUUAAAUAAAGGG